CGUAUUUUAGAAAAUGGUAAAGCAUUUUCAUUGCCACUUUCCGACGAAGAAAUUUCUAGCUCCGAUGAAAACAAAGAUUUAAAAGAACUUGAAUCAGAUGAAAAUAUUACCGAUAAAUCUGAAAAG